AGAACUCGUGACCAUUGAUCAGCUGACAUCAUAUGACAGAGGCGCAGACGCCACUCGUAUUCAACCGUUCUCUCGAGCUGUCACAAGUAAGUUACCCUUGAGAGAUUGUCAUCGCCAGUUUCCACUGCUAGUUGAAGUAACUGAGCAUAGAAAAUAAAAUGACAAGCCUUGGUCACUUGCAACAAGUGGCUGCAGUGCAGCGUGACUACAUUGCUCAGCCACGCCUAUGCUACAAAACUGUCACAGGUGUUAAUGGUCCACUUGUCAUUCUUGAUGAUGUCAAAUUUCCUAAAUUUGCUGAAAUUGUAAAUUUACAUUUGGCUGAUGGUACGGAGCGAAAGGGACAGGUGUUAGAAGUUAGUGGUUCCAAGGCUGUGGUGCAGGUAUUUGAGGGAACCUCAGGUGUAGAUGCCAAGCAUACAGUAUGUGAGUUCACUGGAGACAUUCUGCGUACUCCAGUGUCAGAAGACAUGUUGGGUCGUGUUUUUAAUGGUUCUGGAAAGCCUAUUGAUCAGGGACCAACUGUAUUGGCUGAGGAUUUCUUGGACAUUCAAGGUCAGCCCAUCAAUCCAUGGUCUCGAACUUAUCCAGAGGAAAUGAUUCAGACUGGUAUCUCAUCCAUUGAUGUCAUGAACUCAAUUGCUCGAGGUCAGAAGAUUCCCAUUUUCUCAGCUGCUGGUCUGCCUCACAAUGAAAUUGCAGCCCAGAUUUGUCGUCAGGCUGGUUUGGUCAACUUGCCAUCGAAAGGUGUACUUGACGACCACAAGGAUAACUUUGCAAUUGUUUUUGCUGCUAUGGGUGUCAACAUGGAAACAGCACGCUUCUUCAAGCAG